CCCCCGCCACCGCCGCCACCACCACCAUCACCGCCACCACCUCCUCCUCCUCUCCGCCGCUCGGCUUGUUUGCCUGACUCACGGCCAUGAUCCGCCGCCCCCCAACCGAAAUCACCCUCGGCCCGGAGGAUCUCACCGCCUACAUGGCCGCCGCUCCAUCCUCUGCCGGUCCUGCUAGCCCGGCCAGCCAUACCAUUGACCUCCAGCAGCAGCAGCAGCAGCAGCAACAGCGGCAGCAGCAGCCGGCCGAUCAGACACCCCCGUCGACCGGGCCCGUGCCCCAUGCGCCUGGGAGAAGUGCCCCACAAGGCGCGUCCUCGGCCGACUCCUGGCCCCAGCAACUCUGA